AUGUAAAAUUCUCUCAGAAAUUAUACGAAUCAAAAUUGUACCUCCAAAAAUAAUCUUUCAUGUUUAAGAUGUUCUAUUGUAUUUCAUUCAAGUUUUCUAUUUCCAUUAGAAUAAUCAUUACUUUUUAUAUAAAAACAAAUUAUUUACAUGAUGCAUAGUAAAUUAUAAAGAGUAUCUAGAUUUCUUUAUUAUUUUAGAUUACUCAAACUCUAUAAAAUAAAUUCUUUGAUCUUAAAAUUAUCAUUAAAAAUACUUAGAAUUAUUUUCUACUGUUGAUAGAGAAAAAAGAUAAAUUUAUCUUAAUACUUUAAAUCAAAAUAAAAAGGUAUUAAUAAAUUAUAAACAUAUAAGUAUUGAUGCAAGCUAAAAUGGAAAUAAUCAUAAAAUCACAUUAUUAAAAAAAGGAUGA